AUGGAGGACUCGAGCAAACAGAGCUCAAUUAACCAACUUCACGAGCAAAUUCGCUUGUUGACAGACGAAAAUGUACAAUUGCAUGAGCAAAAUAAACUGCUUGUUAGUAAGCUUGACUCGACCCAAAACAAACUGGGUCAGCAGGCCGCCUCCAAGACCGACUUAUCAGUCAGAAUAGUCCAGUGUGAGGAAGACAAACUAAAGAUCUCAAAAGACCUUGUUGAUGUGCAGAUCGAGGCCAAUAAAAUGAGAGAGCGGUACGAAGCUGAGAUCUUUGAAUUAAAAAGCAUGGUUUUAUGUCAAGAAGGAACUGCCUCGUCUCUUCAGGCAGAACGUGAUCGGCUCAGACAGGAAGUGUCCGCAGCAUCGGCACGUUUAGAAAUCUCUGAGCGAAAUGAGCAUGACCUGACCGAGGAGUUCACAGUGGUAAAGCGGAACUUCCUGUCUCUGAGAGCCGCUUAUGAACGAGAACGAACACAGUCUGAAGAGCUCAGCGCUGAGCUGCUGGCCCUCGCGCACACACACGACACACUCCUGCAGGAGAGAGAGCGCACACACAGACACACACUGGAGCUGGAGAGGGUUCGAGCGCUGCUGAGCAGAGCAUCACAGAACAGAGUCGGGCCAGAGGAGUUUGAACAGAGCAGGAGCACAGCGGAGAGAAACGAAGUGCAGAAUAAGCUGAGAGACGAGCUGGAAAAACUGAGGAAGAGCUACGAGGAGCAUCAGCGACGGCUAGAGGACAAAGUAGUGGCCAUGGGGAGGGAACAACAGGAGAAUAAGAGAGCCAUUCAAAACACCCGACUCCAGCUUUCCCAGCAGUCUACAACACUGAUUAUGUCUCAGCAGCAGCUGAAAGAGGCUGAAAAUGAAGUUUCUAAGCUGCAAAACCACCUGAAGGAGCUGAAUAGAGAGUACAGGGCACGACUCAAACACUAUAUUCAGGAUAUUACAGAGUGUGUAUCAGCAGCCGGCGAUAUUGAUUUAGGACAGAAGUUGAAGGGGUUUGUUGAGUCCAUGCUGGAGGAGAUGAAAGCAUCAUACCGCUCCAGAGAAGAGCAGCUCACUAAAGCUGUCAGGGCGUACCGCAAGCGCACACAGGGGCUGAGCAAUUCACAUCAACAGCUACUCAUUGCUUACAGAAUGCAACGUGAGCAGAUCCUGGCACUCCCUGAACACGCUUUAGAGGCUGGACCCCCUGAGGCCCAGUUCAGUCCCGCGGGGCCCGAACUGAGUGGAGAGACCGAGAGAGAGAUACACAGACUGAGAGAGGACAAAGCCCGCCUGGAGAGCCAACUGAAACUGGCUCGAGAACAGAUGGCUGUGUUGUCAGAGUCUUCUCAGAAGACUGAAUUAACCCAAGAAGCCUGGGCCGAUGUUAAAAAGCAGAUGAGAGAAAUAACAAACUCCACACAGGAAGCUCAAGAGAAAGAGAGGAUUCAGCUUUUAACCAGAGCUACGGUUGCAGAGGAGCAGCUGUCUGAGCUGAAGGAGUAUGUGGACAAUCACCUGGGCAGGUAUAAACUGGAGAUAAUGCGGCUGCGGAGGCUGCUGGCAUCACAGGAGGAAAGGUCAAAAAGUGCAAGAGUCAAUAAUCCACGCCCACUCCACGUGACGCUCAAAAACAGCAGCAAUGAAAUAUGAUGUUGCAGUUCAUAAGCCCCGCCCAUUCCACAAGUCAGCCCAUUUUCCAGUCACUAAAAGCAGCAGUCUAUAAGCUCCG